AUGUCAUUUGCUCUGAGAAGUACCAGAACUGGCAUUUUUGCUGCUCUCAAGAGCAUACAAGCGCAGAGACGACUGGUGAGCAUUGCCAGGGUCCCCCGGCCCCAAAUGAUGUGCACCCGCCCCUCCACAAUAUCUCUCCGCAGAUACAGCGAAGCCACCACCACUGGAACCGUUAUUCCAGAAGACGUUGAGAGACUUUCUGUGGAUGAGUAUCACCGUACUGCAGAGCUCACACUAGAGUCUAUGUUACAGGAUUUGGAGGAGCUUCUCGAUAGUAGGGAAGUGCCCGGUGCAGACGUUGAGGAAAAUUCUGGAAUUUUGUCGCUGACAUUACCUGUGAACGGGUCUUACGUGAUCAACAAACAGCCUCCUAACAAACAGCUUUGGCUGAGCAGUCCGAUCUCCGGACCCAAGAGGUUUGAUUUCACUGGAGGAGAAUGGAUCAGCCUUAGAGAUGGACUAAAGCUGGUGGAUAUUCUUGAGGAGGAGAUUUCAUCGGCAAUUGGCCAGGAUUUCCAGUUCACGAGGAUAGAUUUCAGCUAG